CUCUUCCUCGCUCUCUCUCCCUGCGUUUUCCCCCCGGCUGAGCCUCUCCGUUCGCGGGCUCGGCCGCGGCCCCCGUCGCCUCCCCGGAGCUUGAACACACAGCGUCGCCGCCAUGGGCAUUAAGUUUCUGGAAGUGAUCAAGCCCUUCUGCGUCAUCCUGCCCGAGAUCCAGAAGCCAGAAAGGAAGAUCCAGUUUAAGGAGAAGGUGUUAUGGACUGCUAUCACACUCUUUAUCUUCUUAGUAUGCUGCCAGAUUCCUCUAUUUGGUAUCAUGUCAUCGGAUUCAGCAGAUCCUUUCUACUGGAUGAGAGUGAUCUUGGCCUCUAACAGAGGCACACUGAUGGAGCUGGGUAUAUCUCCCAUCGUUACCUCUGGCCUCAUCAUGCAGCUCUUGGCUGGGGCAAAAAUCAUCGAAGUGGGUGACACCCCAAAAGACCGAGCUCUUUUCAAUGGCGCCCAGAAGUUAUUUGGCAUGAUCAUUACUAUUGGCCAAUCUAUUGUGUAUGUAAUGACUGGAAUGUAUGGAGAUCCCUCUGAAAUGGGCGCUGGAAUCUGCCUCCUGAUCACCAUUCAGCUCUUUGUUGCUGGAUUAAUUGUCCUGCUUUUGGAUGAGCUCCUGCAGAAGGGUUAUGGUCUUGGUUCUGGUAUCUCUCUCUUCAUUGCUACCAACAUCUGUGAGACCAUUGUGUGGAAAGCAUUCAGUCCUACCACUGUCAACACUGGCCGAGGUAUGGAAUUUGAAGGUGCCAUCAUUGCAUUGUUCCAUCUGCUGGCUACACGAACAGAUAAAGUUCGAGCCCUUCGAGAAGCUUUCUACCGCCAAAAUCUCCCCAACCUCAUGAAUCUGAUUGCCACUAUCUUUGUAUUUGCAGUUGUUAUCUAUUUUCAGGGCUUCAGAGUCGACCUGCCUAUUAAAUCAGCCCGGUACCGUGGUCAGUACAACACCUAUCCCAUCAAGCUUUUCUACACCUCCAACAUUCCCAUCAUCCUUCAGUCUGCUCUAGUAUCUAAUCUGUACGUCAUUUCCCAAAUGUUGUCAGCUCGCUUCAGUGGCAACUUAUUGGUUAGCCUGUUGGGCACCUGGUCUGAUACUUCUUCUGGGGGUCCAGCUCGUGCUUAUCCAGUUGGUGGUCUUUGCUAUUAUUUAUCACCCCCAGAAUCCUUUGGCUCUGUGUUAGAAGACCCUGUGCAUGCAGUUGUCUACAUAGUAUUCAUGCUGGGUUCAUGCGCAUUCUUUUCCAAAACAUGGAUUGAAGUCUCAGGCUCCUCAGCCAAAGAUGUUGCAAAACAGCUCAAGGAGCAACAGAUGGUGAUGAGAGGACAUAGAGAAACUUCCAUGGUCCAUGAACUAAAUAGAUACAUUCCCACAGCUGCUGCAUUUGGUGGACUGUGCAUUGGCGCCCUCUCAGUCCUGGCAGACUUCCUCGGAGCUAUUGGAUCUGGAACAGGAAUCCUGCUUGCUGUCACCAUCAUUUACCAAUACUUUGAAAUUUUUGUCAAGGAACAGAGUGAAGUUGGCAGCAUGGGGGCUCUCUUGUUUUAAACUCUGCAUCUUCAUGGACCUAGAGGAGAGUAUUCUUGAAUUGUCCAAGAAGAGAAAAGAAAUAACCAAAAUCUUGUUACAAGAGCUCUUAUUGCAAGAGAACCACAUAUGCCAUGGUAGAAGAACUUUUGUUUAAUAGUACUUUCAAAUUUCAUAUGCUUUCAUUCCGACGUUUUUGUAUCAUAUGUGCACUUUGUAAAGUGCCAGAGAAUGUCCAAAAUGUUGUUUUUAAUUCUGGCAUUCGCAAAAAUAAUUGUAGAAAUGGGAUUUUCUUUAUUUGAUAUUUGUCUCCUGAGCUGAAUUGAUGUAAAUGAUUAAUCAUUUUCCAAA